GGGAAUUUUCAUGCUAGAAUAAUAUGUGAAGUUGCAGUUAGAGAGAAUGUCCGUGGAUGGAAAAAUAAGUGUGCACUUUGGAUGGAUCAGCAAAUCAAUAAUAUUAUUACAAAAACUAAAGAAGCUAGUAUUCUUGCACAAAGCAAUUGUUCAUGUUUUUCUCCUUCAGUAAUAAAAAUACCCAUGAUUUGA